AUGCGGAACAUUCUGCAUCCAUCUCUCUCACAUUCACCUCUACAUUAUCCCAUCAGCCAUCUCUCACAUUCACCACUACAUUAUCCCAUCAGCCAUCUCUCUCACAUUCACCACUACAUUAUCCCAUCAGCCAUAUCUCUCACAUUCACCUCUACAUUAUCCCAUCAGCCAUCUCUCUCACAUUCACCGCUACAUUAUCCCAUCAGCCAUCUCGCUCACAUUCACCGCUACAUUAUCCCAUCAGCCAUCGCUCACAUUCACCACUACAUUAUCCCAUCAGCCAUCUCUCUCACAUUCACCUCUACAUUAUCCCAUCAGCCAUCUCUCUCACAUUCACCUCUACAUUAUCCCAUCAGCCAUCUCUCUCACAUUCACCUCUACAUUAUCCCAUCAGCCAUCUCUCUCACAUUCACCUCUACAUUAUCCCAUCAGCCAUCUCUCUCACAUUCACCUCUACAUUAUCCCAUCAGCCAUCUCUCUCACAUUCACCUCUACAUUAUCCCAUCAGCCAUCUCUCACAUUCACCUCUACAUUAUCCCAUCGGCCAUCUCUCACAUUCACCUCUACAUUAUCCCAUCAGCCAUCUCUCUCACAUUCACAUCUACAUUAUCCCAUCAGCCAUCUCUCUCUCACAUUCACCUCUACAUUAUUCCAUCAGCCAUCUCUCUCACAUUCACCUCUACAUUAUCCCAUCGGCCAUCUCUCUCUCACAUUCACCUCUACAUUAUCCCAUCAGCCAUCUCUCUCACAUUCACCUCUACAUUAUCCCAUCGGCCAUCUCUCUCUCACAUUCACCUCUACAUUAUCCCAUCAGCCAUAUCUCUCACAUUCACAUCUACAUUAUCCCAUCAGCCAUCUCUCUCUCACAUUCACCUCUACAUUAUCCCAUCGGCCAUCUCUCUCUCACAUUCACCUCUACAUUAUCCCAUCGGCCAUCUCUCUCUCACAUUCACCUCUACAUUAUCCCAUCAGCCUUUUCCUCCCCUCUGCCAGUGUCAGAAAGUGUUCCUGAUCCACAGACUGACUUCCUCACCUGGGCCCAACAAACAAAAUUUCAGGAGAGAAUUUCUACAGAUGUUCUUUUGAUUGACAUGAGCUGUGUAUGUGUGUGAAUGACAGUCUACUUACUAUGUAUGUAAAUGCAAAGCGUUGUAUUGUUUUUUUUUUCUCCUGUUGUGGGGCUCUGACUGUAUGUAUAAAGAUCAUGUCAUUGUUUAAGCCAAAAGCAUGGUUUUUAAGAAACUUUAUUUCUUUUUCCCCACGUUUUCUUUACAGAAUGUCCAGUUAUAUAAUGUAUGAAACAAUUAAAGUGCUGAUUCGUUGGAA